CUCUCUCUGUCCACAAAUUACGACCACUUAUAGAACUGAUGUCACGUUCUUUAUGAACGUCCCCUCCAUUGAGUUACACUUGUUUGACAACAAAACGAAUCCAGAAGAAUGGCCGACAGACUCACACAACUUCAGGACGCCGUCAAUCAGCAAUCGGAAAAUUUUUGUAAUAGUAUUGGAGUUCUUCAGCAGUUCUCAAAGCCGACGUUUUUCCCCGAAUUCGACAAAUCGUCGUCGAAAUCACCGACAGCUCAGACACAGUCUUCCGAAGAUUUUGCCCAAUUAUUCGCCACAUUAAUCGCUAGAACUGCUAAAGACAUCGAUGUCCUCAUCGACUCACUUCCCAAUGAAGAAUCGACGCCUGAAUUGCAGAGUGCGGCUCUUCGACGUCUGGAACAGGAGAACAGCGAUUCGGCUCAACGUCUGACAGAGACUGUGAAACGGGGCGAAGAGUUGUUGGAACAGAUCCAGAAUGCGCUCCAAGACAUCGCUCAGUCGCAGCUGAAGAUGCAGUGCUUGCACUCGUCCACCGAUGACACCAACAGCGCAUCCAAUUCUCUCAAUAAUAAUUCUAAUAAUUAAUUUAU